AUGAAGCAAUUAUUUCUCGCCAUUGUAUCAUUAACCAUCAUAACUUUAGUUAGCACAGUAGAAUAUAAAGAUGAACUAUUUUACGACUAUGAAGAGCCUGAAGUUAGAUCAGAAAAAAUAUCUGAAGAGAGUGAAACUUCCGCAGAUGACAAACCUACUUACAAAUUGAAGGAUGCUCCGAGACUUUUUACGGAAUUCAUUAAAGAUUACAAUAAGAAAUACAUAGAUGAAGCGGACUUUUACAAACACUAUAAGAACUUUGUCGCUAAUUUGGAGGAAAUUAUUCGAAUUAACAAGGAAAAUAAGGAUUCAAGAACUAUAAAUACUUACUUAGAAAUAAAGAACGGUGUUCGGAAGAUGGUUAUUGCCUACAUAUGUUGCAAGUGA